AUGUCAGACACAGCGGUGGACACCAGCUCCGAGGUCACCACCAAGGACUUAGAGGAGAAGAAGGAAGUUGUGGACGAGGCAGCGAAUGGAAGAGACGCCCCUGCUGAUGGGAACGCUAAGGAGGAACAUGGGGAGCAGGAUGCUGACCAUGAGGUCGAUGAAGAAGAGGAAGGAGGUGGGGAGGAGGAGGAAGACGAGGAGGAAGGUGAUGGUGAGGAAGAGGAUGGAGACGAAGAUGAGGAAGCCGAGGCGGCUGAAGAUGAUGAGGAUGAGGAUGUUGAUACCAAGAAGCAGAAGACUGAGGAGGAUGACUAGA